AUGUUGAAUGUGACAUACUCCACUCCGGCUGUACUUAAGCUUGGCUUUGGUGAGUUGAGGUCAAUGAGAUAUCUCUACAGCAUCUUGGUCUUGGGUGGCUUUGUGAUCGUGGUGACCUCAAACGUUGCAAUCAUUGCUGCUGUUUUGCUGAACAGAGGUCUACAGGAGUCAAUGUACAUUUUCAUUUGCAUGUUGUGUCUCAAUGGACUCUAUGGCAGCCUUGCAUUUUUCCCAAGCCUCUUCAUCAACCUGCUGUGUGAGACCCAGACUAUUUCCUAUACGGGGUGCUUGAUACAGGCGUUCUGCCUGAACACAUAUACCGGGUGUGAGUUCACCAUACUCACCAUCAUGGCUCUUGAUCGUUACAUCUGUAUUUGCUACCCCCUGAGAUAUAUAGCCAUAAUGUCCUUGCCCACUGUUCUGAGAUUGAUUAUUGCUGCCUGGCUGACUGCCAUCCUGCCAUUUACGGUACAUUAUAUACUGACUCUACGGCUUCCCUUGUGCGACUCAACUAUAGUGAAGAUCUACUGUGACAACUGGUCGGUAGUGAGACUUUCCUGCAUCGAUACAAGCUGGAACCAAAUCUCGGGAUUAAUCCUCACCAUGGGUUUCCUUGUGGUGAUGCCGGCACUGAUUUUCUUCUCUUAUGCCAUGAUUCUAUGGGCCUGCACAAAGUCCUCCAAGCAGAUUAGAACAAAGGCCUUACAGACCUGCGUGCCUCACUUGAUCACCAUCACUAAUUUUAUUGCUGAUCGGCUCUUUGAGGUUAUUCUCCAUCGUAUCACACUCAACAAUAUCCCUUAUUCACUGAUGAUAUUCAUCUCUGUCUAUGUCUAUGUGGUCCCCCCUCUGCUGAACCCCCUGAUUUAUGGACUGAAAUUAAAGGAUAUAAGAGUGAAGAUUGUUCAGCUCAUUUGCAACCAAUGA